AUGUAUUUUGUACAACUUACAAUUGAUCAACAUACAGAUGUAGCUGAAACUUUAAUUUCAAUACAAAGUGGCCGACGAGCAUCACUUGCACAAAUUGUACAAAUUGUUGGUCCACGUCUUGAUCUUAGUGAUUAUGCUGCUUAUAAUUUACCAAAAGAAAUUUUACAACAUGCAACACAUCUUAAUGUUUCACAAAAACAAUCUGUUCGUGUUUCAAAUGUAUCAAAUACAACGAAACAUGAUAAUGGGUCUAAUAAAAUGCCUUCGAAUAUAUCUGGUAGAAUAUCUCGUUCAAGUAAUAUUCCAUCAACAACUUUAAAUUUAACUGAUAAUAUUGGUUCAUGUACUAUAACAUCUCUAACAUCACCAUCACAUUUUUUUAUACAAUUUACUGAAAAAAAUAAUUUCGAACAAAUCUAUAAUAGUGUUAAUGAAACAUAUCUUGAACGUAUAUCAUGUGAUCGUAUGACACGUUUAAAAAAUUUCUCAAUAAAUACAUUAGGUGUAGCACGUAAUACUCGUGAUCAACGUUUAAUACAUCCAACAAAUGAAGAUUGGUCACGUGAAUCUGUUAAUUUAAUGAAUCGUUUUAUUGGUGGAAAAGGUUUUAAAACAUUUCGAUUCUAUUCUUUAAGUGCAGCAACACGUACAAUAAGUCUUAGUGAUCCACCAUUACCAAUAAUAUUAUAUGAUAUGAAUACAUCAGAUAAUUCAUUAAAUGAACAAUUAAUUACAAAAAAAACUUGCUAUACCUGA